AUGUUCCAGGGUUUUGGCGUCGGCAGUGGUGCAAGUCUAUUUGGCCAAUCCAACAUUCCAAAAUGGAGCAAGAGGUAUUUUGGAGUGGCAACAUUCAUCAAGGAUUAUGGCAUGCGUCAAGCUGGUUUGAAUUUCUGCAACGAUGAGGAAGCCCAACUCUUCAGUACUGUUUUCCUUAAUAACUUAAGCAAGAAAGAGCGGAGAAGAUCUGGCUAUCAAAUUCAAUGCAGUAUACAUAUAGAACUGGCCAAAUUAUGUCAAGCAAUCCUUAUGUCAGACGAUCUUAUUGCUUGGCGACCUGACAUCCGGCGGCGUGUGAAUCACAGAGACAAGGAAACAGCACAGUACAUCUACAAGUUCCUGGAAGAUUGUGGCGGUGUGGAAGCUUUGGAAAAUGGGAGACCCAGGACUUUGCCUCCUCCUGUCAUCAGCCAACCCAUGCCACCACUAGCUGGUUUAGCUGAAGAUGGAGAUUCCGACGAAGAAUAUGGAGCCAGUAGUGUGCCGAUGUAA